CUAUACAUGCACAUAAUAUAUAUUUCCUUGUAAUGUACCUGACCAAAAUGGUUUCUAUCUGCUUCUUCAGGUCAAGAUAAAGUGCUUGUGUGAGUUAGGACGUGUCAUUGGUUGCAAGCUUACUCUGUUUAAAUUUGAGUCCAGAUGAAAGCAGGUCAUAUGUGUUUUUCAGUUUUACAACACCCUAUGUACAGAGUCUCAUCUUUAUUGAAGGGAAGUCCUUUCCUUCAACCAAGGAUCUUGGCCCGUUUUUGGUCAGAGAAGUACCAAACUUACACACUUGAAAACAGUUGUUUUUAUGUGCAUGGAUCUAGCACCCGUGAACCUUCUGCAAAGGAACAAUAUAGGGGAAGAUGGAAGCAACGACAUAUAAAAGUAGGAAGUGAAAACACCCAGAGCAGUAAACCAUAUGAAAUCAGGCACAAAGUGUUGGACAGAAAAGUUACUGCAACAACUAAGUUAAAAAUAAAUAAGCCAAAGCUGAUAGAAUUUGAAAGAGUUCAAUACUGUGACAUUCAAGAGAAGAUUGUGGAUAGCAAAGUACUAGAGCAACUUGUCACAUUUUUUGUUUUUGAUAUUGAAACCACUGGAUUGAGCAGAGAGAAUGAACGAAUCAUUGAGAUUGCAAUUCAGGAUCUCCUGGGAGGUGAGAACAGUACAUUCCAAACUGUAGUCAACCCAGAACGUGUUAUCCUCAAUUCCCAUGUCCAUGGCAUCACAACAAGUAUGGUUAACAGACCUGAUGUUCCAAGGAUGCGGGAUUUGAUUCCAAUCUUAAGGCAAUAUGUCAGAAGCCGCCAAAAACCUGGGGGUCUCGUUGUCUGGGCUGCACACAAUGCACGCUGUUUUGAUGUACCUUUUCUGAUCAAGGAAUUUAGCCGCUGCUCCAUAGAGAUCCCUCCAGAUUGGGUAUUUCUAGAUACACUUCCUCUUGCUCGUCAGUUGAUGAAGCCAGAUGGAUCAAAACUUGAUUCAACAUCGCAGCAAUCACUUCGUGAGUACUAUGGUAUCCCAUUAGUGGGUUCAGCUCAUAGAGCCAUGUCUGAUGUCAACACAUUAUCGCAAAUACUACAGAAGAUGACUUUUGACCUGAAGAUGCCAGUACCCAGCCUUCUUGAAAGAUGUUUCAAGCCUUCUGACUUGAUAAACUCGAAGAAAAAGAAGAAUGUUAGCUAGCAUAAUCCAUUCUCAUGUGUUUGCUCCUCCUCUACACGGGGAGGAAUAUGUACCCCUUUUGGUCGCUCCUCUGAGUAUUUAUUGUUAUUUGUAACUUCCAUUCUUUCAAAAGUCAUUAACUUAUAGAGAAAAAAUACGAUCUUGCUUUGUGUUGUUGCUUGAAUUCCUGGGGCUUGGGACCUACCAAGACAGGAAGUUUGUGUUCAAAUACCUGGUCACUGACGCCUGACGGUAUGUUAUAUACGUCUGUAUGUUUGUGUUUGACAGUGCCAGGACCAAGUCAUUGACUGUGACACGGUUUUUGUUUAGGGGUUUUUUGUACUCCUGACUUGGGAACCGCUUACUGUGCCAGAUAAUAAAGGCCAGAUAACCACCACAUUGACCGAUUUGACAAUAAUUUGAAAUUAUUUGCUCCAGUUAAACGGGUCGUUGUACA